AUGGAUGGUUGCCACCUUCACAUCAACCCCUACGAUGCAAGAAAGAGUCUGGAUUACAACUUAACCUAUGUCUAUGUCGGUAAUUUACCUGAUUCAGCAUCAAAAAGACAGAUAACGCAACUGUUUAAAUUCGCUGGAAGAAUUGUCAGCAUCGACCAGCUGAACCGUGAAUCUGCUAUAUUGAAAUUUGAGGACACUUCUUCCGCCAGACGGCUGCUGAAUUGUGGGAGGGGGUUCAUGCUAGAUGGUCAUGAGCUGGAGCUUGAGGAAUGUGAAGAAAGUGAUGAUGAUGAUGAUGAUGAUGAGGGUGACGAAGAUGAUGAAGAGACGGUUGUGUAUGUGGGAAAUGUCCCAGAAACUACUUCACAAGACGACUUGAAACACUUUUUCUCUGGAUUUGGGAGAGUGGUUAAUGUUACUAUUAAGAAGAGGUCAAAUGCGUACCGAUAUGCUUUUAUUAAAUUUGAAAAGACUGACUCUGCAAUUGCUCUAGUUACAAGCAGUCAGUCAAAGCGGUACGAACUGAAAGGGAAUGUCUUGAAAAUUGCCAAAUCUAAUCGUUAG